AUGCACUGGUUACAGAGCGCUUCCGGUCCUGCGCCGUUUCUGGAGCGGAUUGGAACCCGGAGUCAGGACUCGAUAAAUGAAGGGUGUUUUGCAGAAAAGGGUAUCAUGAUGGCCGAACAGAUGCCAGAUGAAUACAUCUGGUGUGAGGACUGUGGUCAGUACCAUGACUCCGAGUGUCCAGAACUGGGGCCCCUGGUAACCGUCCAGGACUCCUUCGUCCUCAGCAGAGCUCGGUCGUCUCUGCCGAACAGUCUGGAGAUCAGAGAGGUGUCUAAUGGGGAGGAGGGGGUGUUCGUCAUGCGUCGGCUGGUGAAGAGGACCCGGUUUGGGCCCUUUGAAGCAAAGAGGGUCCUGGUUCUGGAGAAGGAGGGAGUUUUUCCUCUAAAGAUCUUCCAGAGGGAUGGUGUGGUGGUGUGCUUUGACAGCAGCAAUGAGGAGGACUGCAACUGGAUGAUGCUGGUGCGUCCCGCCACCGACCACAAGCACCAGAAUCUGACGGCCUAUCAGCAGGACGACGAUGUUUACUUUAACACCUCACAGGAUGUGCUGCCGGGCAUGGAGCUGAGAGUCUGGUAUGGAGCUUUCUAUGCCAAGAAGAUGGAGAAACCGGUGCUAAAGCCUCCGCUCCAACCACCACUACCUCCACCAGACACAACAGAUUCUUCUAAAGUCGAGACCUCAGAAAACAGCGGAGUCCACCUGUCCCCGCUGGCUGACGACAGCGAGGGAAACAUGCUGAGUCAGCUUAACGAGGUGAAAAUGGCAACCGUGCUCCCUGUCGACCCGCUGCUGCCCCAGGACGAGAGCCCGGUUGAGCCCCUAGUGAAGGCGAGGGCCCCCCUGGCAGCUCAGCCUGCCAGCAGGAAAGGCCAGAGUCGAACGAGGAGAGCCAGGGGACGCAGGCCCGGGGCAGCCGCCGCUACCACCAGGAACAGAGAUGUGAAGCCCCCCAUGGAGAGCCCGCAGCCGCUGUCCUCUGAGGCGGCGGUGGACAGCGGCGGCCUGCUGUGCGCUCCGGACAACAUGGCUGUCCUGAAGAGGCACAAACCCAGAGAGCACAAGAGGGUGUACCGCUGCUCGCUCUGCAGCAAGGUCUUCCAGAACAGCAGCAACCUCAACCGCCACAUCCGCUCGCACGGAGACAAGCUGUUCAAGUGCGACGAAUGCGACAAGUUGUUCAGCCGCAAGGAGAGUCUGAAGCAGCACAUCUCAUACAAACACAGCAAGACGGCGCCCGACCAAGAGUACAAGUAUAAAUGCAACACCUGCGAGAAAUCCUUCCGCCUGGAAAAUGCCUUAAAGUUCCACAACUGCCGGACAGACGAUAAGACCUUCAAGUGCGACAUCUGCUCGCGCUUCUUCUCCACCAACAGCAACCUCUCCAAGCACAAGAAGAAGCACGGCGAGAAGCUCUACUCCUGCGAGAUCUGCAACAAGAUGUUCUACCGCAAGGACGUGAUGCAGGAGCACCACCGGAGGCACAGCGUGGGACCCAAACAGUUGAAAAAAGAGGAGCUGGAGGCCAGUGGAGAAGAAGGGACCAAGUACAGGAAGGAGCCGUCUCCGUGCCCCAUCUGCGGAAAGGUCUUCUCCUGCAGGAGUAACAUGAACAAGCACCUGCUGACCCACGGCGAUAAGAAGUACACCUGCGAGAUCUGCGGCCGCAAGUUCUUCCGAGUGGACGUCCUCAGAGAUCACAUCCACGUGCACUUCAAGGACAUCGCCUUGAUGGAUGAGGAGGAAAGAGAGGGUUUCAUCAAGAAGAUCGGCAUCUCAGCCGACGACAGCGACGAAACGGACGAUGAGGAUGAGGAGGAUGAUCCCGAGCACCACAAGUACAACUGCAAGAAAUGCCAACUGUCGUUUGCAAAGGGAAAGGAGUACCUGAAGCACAUCAUGGAGCAGCACAAGGAGAAAGGCUACGGCUGCGGCAUCUGCAACCGCCGCUUCGCCCUGAAGGCCACCUACAACGCCCACCUGGUCAUCCACCGGGAGCAGCUGCCCGACCCGGCCGUGCAGAAGUACAUCCACCCAUGUGAGAUCUGCGGCCGAAUCUUCAACAGCAUCGGAAACCUGGAGAGGCACAAAAUCAUCCACACUGGGGUGAAAAGCCACGGUUGCGACACCUGCGGCAAAUCGUUUGCGAGGAAGGACAUGCUGAAGGAGCACCUGCGGGUCCACGACGACAACCGCGACUACCUGUGCGCCGAGUGCGGGAAAGGCAUGAAGACCAAACACGCCCUGAGGCACCACAUGAAGCUCCACAAGGGCAUCAAAGAGUACGAGUGCAAGGAAUGCAACCGCAAGUUCGCCCAAAAGGUCAACAUGCUGAAACACUACAAGAGACACACAGGCAUAAAGGACUUCAUGUGCGAGUUGUGUGGGAAGACGUUCAGCGAGAGGACGACGCUGGAGACACACAAGCUGAUCCACACAGUGGGGAAGACGUGGACGUGUGCGACCUGCGAUAAGAAGUACCUGACGGAGUACAUGCUGCAGAAGCACGUCCACCUGACCCACGAGAAGGUGGAGGCGCAGUCCUGCGACCUCUGCGGGACCAAGGUGUCCACGCGCGCCUCCAUGAACCGACACCUGCGGCGCAAACACCCCGAGGUGGUGUCAGCCCGGCUGGAUGAGUUCGACGACCUUCAGGAGAACUCGGCGGUCAGUAAUUCCUCCAUCAGCAUCGUGCAGGUGGGUGUGCCCACGCUGACCCUGGAGAAAGACGGCGCGUCCCAGGAGCGCCCCGGCCGCGCGUCCCGUCACGCCAGGAAGAAGCAGAGAGUCCAGGCCGAGGCCGAGCUGUCCGAGUCCGACGACUACGGAGACUUCGCCGAGCCGAGGCACGAAGCCCUGAACCAGUUCAACACCGUCAUCGUGGGCGACGAGACGGAGACCAGCUCUGCGGUACAGAGCAUCCAGCAGGUGGUGGUCCUGACCGACCCCGGCGCUCCGGCCGCCCCCUCCCCCAGCGGCUCGGUGGGGCUGACCAACAUCACGGUCACGCCCAUCACCAGCCACGCCCCUGCCCAGUUCACCAGCCUGCAGCCGGUGGCCGUGGGCCACCUGACGGCCAGCGACCGGCCCCUCACGCUGGACAACUCCAUCCUCACCGUCACCUUCGACGCGGUCAGCGGCUCCGCCAUGCUCCACAACCGGCCCGCCGAGCUGGUCCCGGAGACGGUGGGGCCCACCAGCGGCACGGCGCCCCAGUCGGUGGCCCACUUCAUCAACCUCACCACGCUGGUCAACCCCAUGAGCCACCAGCUGGAGGCGCCCACUCUGGCCUGGAGGCCCGUGGCCGCUGCCGAGGGCAGCCAGGUGGCCCCAGUGGUGGAGGGCGCUCAGGGCGAGAGUCAGGAGGGCCAGAGCCAGGGUCCAGAGCCGGGACGGAGCGGCCCGAGCCAGCCGCCCCCCCCACAGCAGCAGAGCGGCUCCACCCAGCAGAUGUUCAGCUACUGAGCAGCACCGGGGGGUGCAGGUCACCUCACACUCAGAGUAGAGUAGCUUUUUAUCAGACUGUACAGAGCUCCUCACCCAGAUGCCUCUCACCCUGGAAGCCAAUUCACUUCUUUUUCCUUUUCUUUUUUUAAUGCUGAAAACACAAAGUAGCUGCUAAUAAUGAAUUUAAAAAACGGUACGCUCUACGAUCCACAUCACCAACAAACCAAAGCAACAAGUCCAACAUUGAGAUGCCUUACAAGCCUCCGAGAGCACGUUUUCAGGAUGAACUGCACUCAAAGCAGGACGCGCACCAACCCCAAUAGGAAGAUGCACUCUGUGAGCAGUUAAAGGAGAGAAAACAAUGAAAUGUCAUUUUUGAAUCAUGUAAACUGUAAUUAUUGAGCAUCUGAAAUAAGAAGCUUUUUUUUUACCGUCAUUUUAUAAAAAAAAGAUAAAUAAA